AUGUCGGAGGUAAACAGAGAGCAUCCGAGGCUGAUUCUGCACGAUUUCAUCUCGCCGGAAGAGUGUAAGGAGCUGGAGUUCAUACACAAGAGUUGCAGUACGAUUGGGUACAGACCAAACGUCUUCUCCACCACUCUCUCUCACCUCAUCGCCACCAAUUCUCCUCACCUCAUCAUCCCUUUCGUCUCCAUUCGAGAAAGGUUGAAAGAGAAAAUUGAGGAAACAUUUGGGUGUGAGUAUGAGCUUUUUAUCGAAUUCACAGGUUUAAUUAGCUGGUGUAGAGGAGCUAGCAUUGGGUGGCACAGUGAUGAUAACAGACAAUAUCUGAAACAAAGAGAUUUCGCGGCAGUUUGUUACUUGAAUAGCUACGAUAAAGACUUCAAAGGCGGGCUUUUUCGUUUCCAGAGCGGUGAACCAGCAACAGUUGCUCCUUCUGCUGGAGAUGUUAUCAUGUACACAGCCGAUGACCGGAACAUUCAUUCCGUUGACGAGGUAACAGAUGGAGAAAGAUUGACUCUUGCAAUGUGGUUUAGCCGGGAUUCGUCUCAUGACGAGGAUUCCAAGCUUGUUUCUCGUCUUUCUCAGUGCGAGCCACUUGGAUUUCCCCUUCCUUUGCCUGCUUCUUCUAACAUGUACUGGUUCUGUCCUCAUCAAGAGGCUGAUGAGAUGAUAGGUUUUGAUAUCUGCGUUGCGAGGUUGCGUCUUCUUGGUUUCGAUGUACAUAGCUUACAAGAUGAAGGCCGUUCUUCCUCGGAUGCCUCUGAGCAACUCAUGGGGCCACUACAAAUAGCUAAAGGAGGAGAGUUGCUCACCAGAGAAUUCACAAACAUUCUUCAUGCUCUUCAGGUUGUUCAGUUCUACCAUUGGAAAGCUUCUGAAGUCGAAAUCUCGAAGGUCGAAGAUGACACCGUGGAAGAGGUGAAAGCUAUCUCUCAAGAUCAGCUGGAAACUAUCAAUGCCCUGAAAUCAGUUUUCUUGCCAGACUUGGGACUCGUAAGCACAGUUUUGGGAUAUUCAUGCUCUAAUGGAGAUCGGAAGGAGUCACUUGACUUGACGGAUAUAUCGCCGGCGAUUCUCUCUUGGGAAGAGUAUACUUGUAAGCUACUCAAGAUGCUAUUAUCAUCUUUGCCUCAAUGGAAAACUUAUCAAACUAUACACAAAGUCGAAUCCGGUUAG